AUGUGGAACGAGAUGAUUACAAGUGUCAUUAAUCAAUCGAAUGUGAUGAAGCAAGUACCUCGGCCAUGUCGAACUAGGCCAUUCUCUGGUCAUAUGCUUGUAGAAGAUAUGUUGGCUGGACAUUCUUAUCGUUCAUAUUCUUGCUUCCGAAUGAGUUCUGAGGCAAUUCUUUUGCUAAAAAAUGUUCUACUUGACAAGAAUGCUUUAAGGCCAACUAGAUAUUUAAGCUGCAAUGAACAACUAUGUAUAUUUUUAUACGGAAUUUCACAUGCCCUUUCAAAUCGAGUAUUAGCUGAGAUAUUUCAACAUUCAGGAGAGACUAUUAGUAGGCAUUUUAAUAAUGUGCUUAAUGCUAUAUUAUCUUUGAAACAAGAGUAUAUCCAACUUCCUACGGCUGACAUAGACGUUCAUCCUAAGAUUCGAGAGAAUCCCAAUAUAUGCCUCGCCACCGACGCCGUCGGCCCGCGGCCGCUGCGGUCAUCUUGCCGCUUCUGGCGCUUCCGUCGUGCCUCCGACCGCGAGCUGCUGGAGCUCGCCUUCAGGAAACCGUGGAACGUCAAGCGCGUGAUGGGGACCCCGUCGUCGGCGGCGUUCUGGAGGAGUCCCGGCCUCGAUCGGUUCGCCAUCUCGCACCGCUUGCAGCGGGGUGAUUCCGUCGCUGGACUCGCCCUUAAGUAUUCCGUGCAGGUGGUGGAUAUAAAACGAUUGAACAAUAUGAUGAGUGAGCAUGGUAUCUACUCAAGAGAGAGGCUUCUCAUCCCCAUCAGCAUCAAUAAACCAGAGAUUCUCAGCAAUAGCACAUGCUGUAUCGAGUUGGAUGCUCAUGCAAAGCGAGAAGUUGCAGUUCUAUAUCUUGAUAAAGACGGCUGUCCUCAAAUACCCUCUCUUAAGGAUGCUGCUACUCCCUCUACGGUGUCUGCUACUGAACGAAGAGGCAGAAGUAGAAUCCUUCUCGAGUCGGUGAAAAGAAGCAUGAAUGUGGAUGAUGGAACUGCAGAAUACUAUCUGUCCGUCUCCAAUGGUGACCCAAGGGCUGCUAUUAUGCAGUUAUCGGAGGAUCUUAGCUGGGAACAGCAGAGAACUGGCCACUAGAGGUUUCUGUACUGAUUUAUGAUAAGGGGAGCUUGAUGGAAGAUGCAAACUAAAUAAUGAGGUCGAUUUCUCAGCAUACAAUGUAUGCCCUUGUCGUGUAUUUUUAUAUAUGUAAUGAUGUUGUAUUUGUAUAACAUGCGUAUUAUGUUA